GUAAAAAAUUAAGAUUCAGAUUGAAAAGUCGAAGCCAGACAAGCAACUGAAUGAAUUGCCUAUAUUCUUUUUCUGAACGUGUAUCGAUCAGAUUCGAUCUCUACGGCGUAGUCAAAAAUGUCUCUCCAGAGUCUGAAGACAGUCGGAUAUGCCCCUUCAGCUAUGCCUUUUUCGCUUGUCUCCAUGACCAUAAUCUUCCUCUGUAGGCCCAACGAUGCACAACCCCUCGAUUUCUUUUGCUCAGAAAACACUACUGUAUACACUUCAAAUAGCACUUUCGCAGCUAACCUCAAACUUGUUCUCAUCUCUCUAUCAUCUAACACUUCGGCCUCAGGUGGGUUUUAUAACACCUCCGUAAUCUCCAAUUCCGACCAAGUCUACGGGCUUGCACUUUGCAGAGGCGAUGUCGCCGCUGAUGUUUGUCAGAACUGCAUCAAUACUGCAAGUCAAGAGAUCCUGCAAGAGUGCCGAAACAAGCAAGAAGCAAUUAUAUGGUACGAGUUUUGUCUACUACGCUACUCCUACUGGAAAUUCUUCUCUACGAUGGUGUAUGCCGGAAAGUUUCCCAAGUGGAAUGAAAGGGAGCAGAAUGUAACGAACCCAGAUGAGUACCCUAUUAUCUGGGAUAAUUUGAUGAGAAACCUCAUUACCCAGACAGCAUAUAGUAAGCUUAUGUUCGCUACCGGAGAGGCCAGUGUUUCAAAUACAGAGAAGACAUAUGGUCUGAUGCAGUGCACAAGGGACCUAAAUAGGGGCGAAUGCGCAAAUUGCCUAAGAAAUGAAAUGGGAGAAUUUCAAACAGGUUCCCUUUCUCGUACUGGGGGAAUGGUUCUCGACACGAGUUGUAAUUUGAGGUACGAACCAUACCUCUUCUAUAAUGGUUCAAGUGCUUCCCCAACUGCGAACGGUAAGUACUUCACGUCUCUCCUGCUCUAUGAGCAAAGGGUCCAAAAUAUUCCAUUUGGAACUCCUGAUUUCCCAGAAAAAAAUAUACAAGAUGGAAAUCAAAUGAACUCUUCAGAACUGCCCCUAAUGGAUUUUGAUGCUAUAAAAGUAGCUACAGACAACUUUUCAGAUUCGAAUAAGCUUGGACAAGGUGGGUUUGGCACUGUGUACAAGGGCAUGUUACCAAAUGGAAAAGAAGUAGCUGUGAAAAGGCUAUCGAGAAAAUCAUGGCAAGAUCCAAUACGACGCUCCCAACUUGACUGGCGAACAUACUUUAGUAUUAUUGGUGGGAUUGCACGGGGUCUUCUUUACCUUCAUGAAGACUCUCGACUCAAAAUCAUUCACAGAGAUCUCAAGCCUAGCAAUGUAUUGUUGGACCACGACAUGACCGCAAAGAUCUCAGACUUUGGGAUGGCCAGGAUCUUUUGUGAAAAUCAAAAUGCRGCUAAUACUAGAAGAGUUGUUGGGACAUAUGGAUACAUGGCUCCAGAGUAUGCAAUGGAGGGGUUAUUUUCGGUGAAAUCGGAUGUUUUCAGCUUUGGUGUUAUAUUGCUUGAGAUUAUAAGUGGGAAAAGAAACAGUGGCUUCUACCGUACAGAGCAUGCGCAAACCCUUCUUGCUUUCGCAUGGAGACUAUGGAUUGAGGGGAAAUGCUUGGAAUUUGCAGAUGCAGUAAUGUUAAUGGAUACAAAUACAAGGUGGAAGGCAGAGGUGAUGAGAUGCAUCCACAUUGGGCUUUUGUGUGUUCAAGAAGAUGCAGCUGAUAGGCCCACCAUGUCAUCUGUAACUCUUAUGUUAACAAAUGAAUCCGUACCUCUUCCUCAACCUAUAAAACCAGCAUUUGCCUUGUCAACACUCAUUCUUCAACCAAAUCACUCUUCUUCAGUCAUUUGUUCUGUCAAUAUGGCCACUAUUUCGGAUAUUUCACCACGUUGA